AUGGGUUCUAUCCUAGAAUGCCAUAAGGCAAAAGAAUUCAUUCAAGCCGUUGAGGAACAAUUUGUGAGUUCCGAUAAGGCCUUAGCCAGCACCCUGAUGAAAAAGCUUUCAAGCAAAACCUUCGACAAUUCCAGAAGUGUGCGAGAGCACAUUAUGAAAAUGAAGGACAUGUCUGCUCAACUGAAGUCCCUAGAGGUGGAUAUAUCUGAGUCAUUUUUGGUCCAUUUCAUCUUGAACUCUCUUCCUUCUAAAUAUACUCAUUUUAAGAUCUCUUAUAACACACAUAAGGAUAAAUGGUCAGCAAAUGAACUUCUGAGCAUGUGUGUUCAAGAAGAGGAGAGGUUAAAACAUGAGAUGCCACAAAGUGUUCACAUGGCUACUCAUGAUAAAGAAAGGACCAAGAGAGGCAAGAAUGCCCCACAUUUCAAGAAAGAGAACAAGUUGUCGAUCAAGUAA